ACAAUCGGAGGCACUCCGGGACCGCCCGUCUCCCUAUCCAUUCCGGCAAAGGAGAUGUAAAGUUGGACACCAUUAAAACCGAUGCUGUGAAGUGGCUCUUGGCCGUAACUUCAUCAGGUCUCGGCGGAAGGAUGCUGUGGGUAACCCUGCUAAGCACAAUAGCUUUAGGGUGGACUACACCGAUCCCCUUGCUGGAUGAGUCAGAGGAAAUAGAUGAGCCUUGCUUCGACCCUUGCUACUGUGAAGUCAAGGAGGGCAUUUUCCAUGUCCACUGCAACAGCAAAGGAUUUACAAAUGUCAGUCAAAUCUCCCAAACGUGGACGAGGCCCUUCAAACUCAACCUGCAGAGGAACUCCAUGCGCAAACUGUAUUUCAACAGCUUUUUGCACCUCAACAAUGCUGUGUCACUAAAUCUGGGGAACAAUGCACUGCAGGACAUUCAUGCAGGUGCAUUCAAUGGUUUGAGCAUUUUGAAAAAGCUUUUUCUGCAUGAGAAUAAGCUGGAAGUGUUUAGAAAUGAUACAUUUCUCGGACUCGAGAGUCUCGAGUAUCUACAGGCGGAUUACAACGUUAUAAAGAGAAUAGAGAGUGGUGCUUUUCGGAACCUGCACAAACUCAGAGUACUUAUCUUGAAUGACAAUUUGAUACCUGUGCUACCCAAUUUAUUAUUCAGGUCUGUGUCGCUAACACACCUUGAUUUGCGGGGUAAUCGGCUAAAGACCUUGCCUUAUAAGGGCACGCUGGAAUACGUUGGUCGCAGCUUGAUGGAGAUUCAGCUCGAGGAGAAUCCGUGGAACUGUGUGUGUGAGAUUGUGCAACUCAAAACGUGGCUCGAGCGCAUUCCAUACACUGCUCUGGUGGGUGACAUCACGUGUGAGUAUCCAUUUCAUUUUCAUGGCAAGGACUUGCGCGAGAUCAAAAGGAGUGAGCUUUGUCCCAUGCUAUCUGAAGCUGAGAUAGAGGCAAAACUUGGCAUACCAAGAUUACCUUUCAGUAAUGAGAAUACGUGGCCUACCAAGCCCUCCUCCAUGCUAUCAUAUUCCCACAACACCGCUUCCUCAGUAGAGUAUAGAGAGCGGCACAUUAAGCCAACCAAACGACCCAGACCCACAAAAACUUCACCCACCCCACGUAGCAUUUACCCUGGUCCAAACCAACCCCCUAUUCCUGCCUAUCAAACCAGACCACCUAUUCCAAUAAUCUGCCCUUCGGGAUGUAUCUGCAAUUUACACAUCAAUGACUUGGGGCUCACUGUCAACUGUAAAGAGAAGGGAUUUCACAACAUCUCUGAGCUUUUGCCACGGCCACUAAAUGCCAAGAAACUGUACCUCAGUGGGAACUUGAUUCAGAAAAUAUACAGGUCAGAUUUUUGGAACUUUUCCAGUCUGGAUUUACUCCAUUUGGGUAACAACCGGAUAUCUUACGUUCAAGAAGGCGCCUUUAUCAACCUGCCCAAUUUGAAAAGCUUAUACUUGAACGGUAAUGACAUUGAAAGGCUGAGUCCCGGCCUUUUCCGCGGCCUGCAGAUGCUCAGUUACCUGUAUUUAGAGUACAAUGUGAUCCGAGAGAUCCAGCCAGCUGCUUUCAGCUUAAUGCCCAACCUGCAGCUGGUUUUCCUGAAUGACAACCUGCUGCGUACGCUGCCUGUGGAUGCUUUUGCAGGCACGUCUCUGGCCAGACUGAAUCUGCGCAACAACUACUUCCUGUACCUGCCUGUAAGCGGAGUGCUGGAGCACCUGCACUCCAUUGUGCAGAUUGACCUGCACCAGAACCCGUGGGACUGCUCCUGCGACAUCAUCCCACUCAAACAGUGGAUUGAGAAGCUCAGCUCCGUCAUCGUUGUGGGGGAGGUCAUCUGCAAAACGCCAGAGUUCGCGUUGGGCAAGGACCUGCGAGCCCUGGAGGCCGAGGUCAUCUGCCCUGAGCUGAGAUUCACCGCCCCCUCCCCUGGCAUGACCAACGACAUAACGUCGACCAGCGGCUCGGGACUGGGGCGUGCCCCGGCUGGGGGUAACGUCCCCCUCUCAGUGCUGAUCCUCAGCCUCCUGAUCUUGUUCAUCUCCGCUGUGUUCGUGGCUGCUGGCCUGUUCGCUUUUGUCCUGAGGCGGCGCAAGAAACUGCCCUUUAGGAAGCGGCAGGAGGUGGACCUGACGGGCAUUCAGAUGCAGUGCCGGAUAUUCGAGGAGCGGCAGACUGCCUCGCCUGAGAAAGCGCCUGGACACGUCUAUGACUACAUCCCUCAUCCUGUUACUCAGAUGUGCAACAACCCCAUUUACAAACCACGCGAAGGGGAGAUCGAGGGAGAGCAAUUUGCAGAGACCAAGGAAAAUAGCAGUAAUUAUCGAACUCUGCUGGAGAAAGAAAAGGAGUGGACGAUGGCUGUGUCUAAUUCUCAGCUCAACACAAUUGUCACCGUCAAUCAGUCUGGUGACAUAGCAGGCUUUCAUGAGAAUGGUGUGCUUUGCCCCACGGUGAUUGACAGCCAGAGACCAACCCCGACAGUAGGUUUUGUAGACUGCUUGUACGGAACGGUUCCAAAAUUAAAGGACAUGCACGUUGCACAUGCACACCCCCCAGGAAUGCAAUACCCUGAUUUACAGCAAGAUGCCAGAUUGAAAGAAACACUACUGUUCACUGGGGGCAAAGGAUUUUCUGAACAAACAGGAACGAGUGAAUACCUCGAGUUAAGGGCCAAACUCCAAACCAAGCCGGAUUACCUCGAAGUCUUGGAAAAAUCGUAUAGAUUCUGAUUACAGAGAAUUUGUUUGUGUCGUGGGAGCCAUCGGGAGAGCAUCAGACUAAAUAUUAGACGAAGCCUUCACGGCGCUCACGCGCGACUGCGGGAGGAGCAGGAUUUUGCCACGUCUUGUCUCUUGCGCGCUCGGAUACUUGCCCCAGGCCAGGCACAGUUUGUAGUAUAUUGCAGUUUGCUGCAUGCAUUCAACUGCAGGGUUGGGUAUUGCUGAAAAGGAUAAUUCACCUUCAAUAGAGAUACUGCAACGCAUUACUGUUCGGUGGUCUAUUUAUUUUAUAUAUUACCUAAAGACUUCAGAGGUCCUAUCUCAAGGACUUACCCAAGGAUCAACGUUUGUGAAUACAUUAUGACGCUCAAAGUUUUAUGGAAUUCAACGCACUUUCUUAAGACAGAACGCUUCUGGAUAUUAUCACUAACGGCUUUGUAGAAGCACUUUUAAUGUUUUCUCUCUCACAAAGAUUUAAAAAGAAAAAAAUGUGCAUAUAUUUAUUCUGUAAUUUCAGUGAAAAUUUAAUUGUAAAGGUAAUGUUAAAUCUAUGUAUAGUGAUUAUGCGUCUGGUAUAGCCUUCUUAAUAAAAAGGAAAAACCGUAUUAAAUCAAAUAAAAAGGGUACCAAUGAAUAUCAUUUGUGAGAAAUACAGUUGACGUAGUGCUAUGACGCUGUGAUACGGUGCAGUGUCUUUUCUUUGUCCUUUUUUAUCUGCAAGGCAAAUUAGAAAAUGCCUAUAAACCUGCCGAUGUCUGCCGCUGUACGUCAAAUAACCUCUUACUGCUGCUAUGAAAUUCGAAAAGAGGACCAAGAUGGUGCAGGUCUGAUUUAAGAGAGAAACUACUGCCUUCAUCUACGUUCCAGUAAGCUGUGCGAGCAAGAUGAAACAGAUAUGAACCGUGCUAUAUAAUUCGUUCCGAUUUAAGCAUUCACUUGGAGACUAAACACCAGUGAAUUACAAGCUGUCAAACAUACGAGAUUUAGAAUUGAUGUCAAUUGUCACUACUGAAAUUGUCCACAAGAGGGCAACAGCGAGACACCCGCGCAAAGUAUUUACAGAAAGGGGGAACCUGUGCACAAUAGGUUGCCAAAAAUAGAUAGUCGGUCAUUUGAGCGAAAUGAAUGUUGUACGAGAAGGAAUAUUUCUAUAUCGGUUUUUUUUUUCAUGUUUCACUUUAUUUCUUUUGAAACAGUUUGGAUUCCACAAAAUAUAUUUCUCUUGUGCAAUGGAGAAAGAAACAAUGGUGAAUCAAAUACGGGCAUGAAAAGGUCAAACAUUCAGUUGAAAACAGGGCUUCAUACUUUAUUGCUUUAUUCAUACCGUCAACCCUGGGUCAACAAAAAUAACAAAUGCCUGUUGCUGUAGAUCAGAAUAACCACAUCCCAUUGUCCACGGAAUGAAAGCUUCAUCUGCAAACAUUUGCUAUUUGCUCUUUUAUUUAAUCACUUUGAACAUGCAGAAAACAGUCACAUGCACAUCUUGAGUUUUUUCCUGCUAACGAAUGUGCAGUUUUACAUGGAUACUAAAUAAUGUGGUUUUCACUUGACAUCAGUAACUAUUUUUUUCUCCUUUUUGUUAAAAUUUUAUUUAACUCUUUUUACAUUUACAUACCCUGAAAAAGUGUUUUGCCAAUGAUUUAAUAAAUCAUGUUUGUACCCAUGGACAAGAGAGUUCAUUUUGUGCGGCUUCAUUGUACACUGAUGAAUUUGUGUUAGUGCACUGGGAUAACGGAUG